AUGACGAAGACGGCCGCGACUCGAUCGAAAGAGGUGUCGCAGAGCGAGCAGAUGGAGCGAGGAAGACAACGGCUGUCAUCAGUUGUUGGAAAAGACUGUGGAGGCUUCCUGUUACGGAUCCUCGUCGACGCGGUGGACUCGAGCUACGGAGAGGUCGGAGACGACGCAGGCAAUUCAACGAUUGUAGACCCCUUCCAGAGGAUGUGUAUGGCCGUCAACGGUGCUGCAAUGGUCGUAGAUCGAGGUGUAGGCCCCGUAAUCGACUCGAGGGUGCGAGAGAAGACUCUUCAAGGCGGGUGGAGGCGAAGGACGUGA